ACCGCCCCACGCAGCUUGCGACCAGCGACACAGACGCACACGUACGAAACUGGAUGGCUCGACGGAAACCGGAAGACUUGGGCAGGCUCAUAAAAACGGAAUCAACAUCAACUAAACAUCAGUAUCAACUGCACCAUGACAACAACAACAACAAUGGUAACAACAGCAUCUACAGCAGGAACGUUGGAAGAGUCUCACACCCAAAUUAUGUUCACCGACGAUGAGCCUCUUGAUUGUGACAAUGCCGCGAAAUGCCUGCGGCAAGAAGAAGUUGUGAAGGACCUUCUCGCCAAGCAUCACGGUUCCACGAAGAAUCCACAAGUGUUGGCCGCCAUCAACGACCUGGCCGCUCUGUGGAAGCCGCAGCACGAGAGCAUUGGACGAUCUUCGCUGUUGGAAGGAGAGUUUCUCUGCCACACACUUCCUGAAUUCCCCGGCCGCAUCAAAAACUCUCCUCCCGGCGUCGUCCAGUACACACUGGGUCGUCUUUCCUUUGGCAUCUUUCAACCUCGCAACCUUGUCUGCACAGUACGGUCUGUCCGUCAAUCCAUCCAAAGCCGCUCGGGAGUCAAAGACUCGAUCACCGGCAAGAACAACCGUUCCAAGUUUCAGACGUUUGACUAUCCCAUCUGCCUCGAUCUUACUAUUCAUACUGCCAAUGGUGUCGACUUGCCGGCUGUCAUGAUGCACAGCGGAGUUUGUUACGAGAGUCCUGCCCAGCGUUCCAAAUUCCCCCAUCGACUCAAUGUCACAUUCAAGGGCAGUACGCUGGUACCCGCCAAAGCGGUCCGUCAAGAUCCCGCAUUGCUCGCCGUCUGGACGGAAACCUUUGCCAACGCAUACAGCAAGGCAGAAGCGGAACGAGGCUUUCUAUCCAAAACCAUGCAAUCCUUGCUGGCAUGGUGGUUCCAGAUGGUGCUGCCCAAUGACGAACAAGCCGCCGGCAGUGCCGAUCAUUCCGUCGGUUUUGAAAUGAAACGAUCGCCUCGUGGCCACUUGGACUUUCUCUAUUUGAGUGACACAUUGCGUAUUACCAAAGGCAACCGAGGCACUCUGGUGGUAGUGGAACGAAUGGAUAGCCCUACCUCUCAAACAACAACAAUGUAACCAACCCAAGAUGCAUGCCGACCAUUUUUUCCUUUCCCCGGUGAUGACCAUGAACACUUGCUACCUAUACACGCGCUGACCAAAUGAUCAUACUACCCUGCACAAACUGAACAUACGACCUGAUUGCCGCCACUCCGUUAUUGCUUGUAUAUACACCCAACGGAACGGCAUUGAUUUACCCUCCUGAACACAUUUUACCUACCUCCACACUUCCAUCCUACCUCCUUCCAUUGCCACUAGCUUCGUUGCCAACCGCAAACUGUAUAUAUCCCCUUGCCGGUGAGCAAAGCGAAGCAAACGAUGGAUAGAUAGAUCUUCUAUGGACAAUAUCAUAACCUAUAGAUAGUAUUACAGGGCCACACGCCCGAACGUUUCAUUUCAUUGCCUUCUCGUCCCUAGUA